AUGGAACAAUCUCUCCAAAAACUCAAACUUGACUGUAUGAAUUUUAACAUUUGGAUUGUAACAAUAACUGUUCUGAUUACUCUAGUAAUUAGUGUCAUACUUGUGAUAAUCAUUCGGAAAAACAUCUGGCACAUAAGGUACUUCCUGUAUAAAAGUAAACGACAAAAUGAAAGUUUUACCUCAUCUAAACGAGUUGAGGAAUCAUCUAAUCUGCUAUCAAAACCCGAUUUGCUGGGGUCAAUAGUUGAUGAAAGCUUUGAAGAAAUCAGUCACUGUGGAAUGAAGCAAGAAAAAUUACAAUAUCCUUACCAUGCAUUUAUAUCUUAUGUAGGCGAGAAUAGGGGAUUCGUAUUCCAGAAGAUGAAACCGAAACUGGAAGCUAAAGGUUUAAGGUUACUAAUUCGUGAUAUUCACUUCGAAAUCGGUAAUUCUAAAAUUGAUAACAUCAUGAAAGCAAUUGGUCGGAGUAAAAGAACUGUUUGUGUGGUGUCGAAAGCGUAUCUGAAAUCAAAAUGGCGAACAUAUGAAUUAAACAUGGCGAAAAUGGAAGGUUUAAAGGAAAGAGGAUCCCUCGGAUAUGUCCAUCUUAUUUUAAUGCCUGAUUUGUUUGAAGGAGGUUGUGACACAGCUAUAAAAGAUUUUAUUGACAAAAAAUAUUUUCUUGACUAUCCACCGGAAGAUUCAUCACUGCAGAGGGAAUUCUGGCAAAAUCUUACUCGUAUUAUCAAGAACUCAUGA